GACAGAGGAAGCGAAGCAGUGGGUGCAGUUCACAUUAGCCUCUGCUGUUAGCAGGCACCGCUGAUCAGUGUGUCGUGGUGUCCAAUUCUGAGACAAAAUCCUGUUUACUUAACCAAGGUCAGGAGUUGUAAUUGAAGCUCGACGUCGAUCUAUUCGCCAGGAUGAGCUUCCUUUUUGGCAGUCGCUCAUCUAAGACCUUCAAGCCGAAGAAGAACAUCCCAGAGGGCUCCCACCAGUACGAGCUGCUCAAGCAUGCUGAGGCAACUCUGGGCAGCGGGAAUCUGAGACAGGCCGUCAUGCUGCCAGAGGGAGAGGAUCUCAAUGAAUGGAUUGCUGUCAACACGGUGGAUUUCUUCAACCAGAUCAACAUGCUGUAUGGCACCAUCACUGAGUUCUGCACUGAGACCAGCUGCUCUGUGAUGUCUGCAGGACCAAGGUAUGAGUAUCACUGGGCCGAUGGCACAAAUAUUAAAAAGCCCAUCAAAUGCUCCGCACCGAAGUACAUCGACUACCUGAUGACCUGGGUGCAGGAUCAGCUGGACGAUGAGACCCUUUUCCCCUCAAAGAUUGGAGUUCCCUUCCCCAAGAACUUCAUGUCCGUGGCUAAAACCAUCCUGAAGCGCCUGUUCAGAGUUUAUGCCCACAUCUACCACCAGCAUUUUGACUCAGUGAUGCAGCUGCAAGAGGAGGCUCACCUCAACACCUCCUUUAAGCACUUCAUUUUCUUUGUCCAGGAGUUCAACCUUAUCGACAGACGAGAGCUUGCACCCCUGCAGGACUUGAUUGAGAAGCUUGGAUCCAAGGACAGAUAGACAUUUCAUCACACAUGUUCUGUUUGUUAAAUAGCUAUUUUUCUCUUCUUUGUCCUUCUUCGACCUUCUCUACCUCUGUCACUUCUAGCCUCAACUCUUAAGAUCUGUGCCUUGUUUGCAUUUCCUGAAUGUUUGAACUGUACGUCCCCUUUUGUAUUUUUCCAUUAUAUGCUGUCUUCAAGCCUUUUUCCAGACUUUAGCUUAUUUCGAUAAGAUGUUGUAAUACAGAAAGAUUUUUUUACCCACAGGACUGUGGUUGUUGACUCUGACAGUAGCUCGCUUAAUUCUUACAUUGGACCAAGAACAUUUUGGGUUGAAAAAACAUUCUCUUUUCUUCAGAAGUUGCUGUGCUGUAUUUUUAUUUUUAUUUUUUUUGGUCUAAACACUUUAAAGCUAUCAAUUUUUUUUUUUUCUUUAUGAAAUAUUAGAAUUGCUGUGACUGACCAAAUAUCCAAAUGUUAUGUCUUUUAUUAAGUUGUCUGUUUGCAUAAAGGGACAGUAACUAGAAAGAUGGCAAGAAAGAUAGUGACAUGAAAUAGUUCUUGUGUGGGCUUUUAACCCUCUAACAACACAUUAAAUUAAGGCAGAAACAGAUGUAUAACUUAUCUGAACUCACUAUCACAUGUACCAGCAUGGUUAUUAUUGUUGCAAUCUUUGAGUCUCCCUUAAGUAUGAGUUAAAUUUAAAAGAUAUGCAUUUAUAGAUAAUCGAGACAUAGUAUAUAAAAGGCCACUGCCAUAGACUGUUUUCAGCUAUUUUGCUUUAGUCACAGUUUUCUGUUUUUCCAUUUUUUCUGAAAAUGGCUAAAUGUGAGUUGAUAGUUACGCAGUCUUCUGAAGUAUUUAGUUACCGUCACAGUUAAAUGAACUGUAUUGAGGAGCUUUAUUGUAGAAUCAUGAUGUCAACAGAUUGAUUAGCGUAAUGUGAAUUUUUACUCCAGCUGUUAUUUUAGUUCAUUUCUGUGGUGCUGAACAAGAACUCCUAAUCACUCCUUUUCCCCCUACAUAUUACCCCCCAUGUCUUGGAAAUUUUAGUCAUGCACACCUUGUUCUAUCUUUUGUUAAUGUGUAAGCACCACAUACAGUGUACGUUAUGCUGCCUGCAACUUUCAUUUUCAGAGCUGAUGCAGCUAAUAUUGCUCCUGAAUGUUCAGUCUUUCAAAGGUUGAUCAAGGGAAUAGUUUAUUUUUUUCUUUCCUUGUCUCAUGUUUGACCUAAUUUUAUAUCAGACAAUCGUGUGACCAAUUAUGAACGGUUAAAUGAGUUCUCACAAGGAACUAACCAGUGAGAUUUGAGGCAGCAAAGUAUUCAUUUUGUAAUUUACCACUUUGUAAGAGAGAAUGCUCUCAUGCAAAGACAAAUGUAUACUUGAAAGCUUUCCAACCAUAUGAACUAAAGGUUAAUUCACUUUAUUUUUAGGCCUACGAAAUGCUUGGCAAAAAUAUCAAACCAGCAUUCUUUGAAGUUCAUAGUCAAAAGGCUUGUCUAUAUUCAGUCACUGUUUUAUGUAUUGGUUGUUUUCACUAUAUUUUUAGACCUUUCAUUACAUUUCAUAUCGCAUUGUAAAAUUAAUUUCUACAAAAGAAUAGAGUUUUGGAAUCAAUUAAAAUAUGUUUAUGUUUUUACAAUUUUGGUCCAAUCAUUCAAAAGUAAUAUACACAGAGAGAGGUUUUGGAGAAUGUGUUUCCCACAUUUAAACAUGUACUGUAAAUAAAAUCAGUGUUUUGUCUGAACAAGACUGUGCCUUACAAUGAAAUGAAAAUGUCUGAUAUGACAGUAUUGAUAGAUCAAAAAGUAAUAAAAUUUGAAAGGACAAUGGA